UGUACCGCGCGAAUCUCGGGAUCUGUCUAAGGACACCGCGGUAUUUAGAGAGGCGCGAGUGCGCAACAGUUGACGUGCACGCCUGACGGGAACGCGCUAUUCUGUUGGAAACUCUGCGCUCGGUCUCAGUGCGAGGACUUGACAGCUUCAUGGAGUUCCCACAAGAAGGAGUCGUUACAUGUCAUGUGUUUCAGCUAUUGCUGUGGACGCUUCAAAGAUGCGCGCGCUCCGCAGGCGUUUGGAGACUCCAGUGGGAGGCUUGUUCUGCCGCGCGCUGAAGUUAACACAACCCUAAAGGGAUGUAAACUCUCCUGUCACCAGCGUCAGCGGGAAAAGGUUCAUAUGAUGACUUCAGACCUGUUGCUGGUUCUCAAAAUGUCCUCGAUCUGACAAUGGUUACCUGCUUCAAUUCUUCAAGCGCCAACAGCACGGCCGUCAGCUCGGAUGGGGCUCCGUUCCCCGGGUACACGAUGGUCAUUCUGGCGAUCCUCAUGAUUACUCUGGUGGUCGUGGUGGUGGUGGGGAACGCGUUGGUUAUUCUGGCCUUCGUCGUGGACAAGAGCCUCAGAAAUCAAUGCAAUUACUUCUUCCUUAAUUUGGCUAUAUCGGACUUCCUUGUUGGGGCUUUCUGCAUCCCAGUCUAUAUGCCCUAUAUCUUGACGGGCAGGUGGAUGCUGGGCCGUGGACUCUGCAAGCUGUGGCUUGUGAUGGACUACUUAUUGUGCACGGCUUCUGUCUUCAAUAUCGUCUUAAUCAGCUACGACCGCUUCCUGUCCGUUACCCGAGCUGUGAGGUACCGGGCCCAGCAGGGCGUCACUCAUCUGGCAGUGGUCAAGAUGUUGGCGGUGUGGGUUUUGGCAUUCCUCCUCUACGGACCAGCCAUAAUCUUCUGGGAACUGAUGGUUGGAGAAAGCAUCGUUCCAGAGGACGAAUGUUUCGCCGAGUUCUACUGCACCUGGUACUUCCUGCUCUCCGCGUCUACCUUCGAGUUCUUCUCUCCAUUUAUCUCCGUGGCCUUCUUCAACUUCAGCAUCUAUCUUAACAUCCAGCGGCGGAACCGGAGUCGAUUGGCGCAUGUGGAAGCCGAGAAGGAGGACGGCUGGAGGGUCAUAGAUGGACAGAAAUCAUCCGUCUUCUUCGUCAAAACGCGCAAGGUGUCCUCAAGCGGAGCACCGGCCGUUUUGGACGUGAUCGAAGACGACGAAGAGGUUUCGCCAUCGUCAAGCGGUGAUCCCAGCAGCACCCAAUCCGUAUCUUUAACAAUGAAGACCACCAUUAAAAAGCGAGGAUUGUUCAGUGGUUGGGUAAGGACACGUAUUAUACGAGCGCAGGAGGCAUCGAGUCAAUGCGCCCCUUGCAGAAGCGGAGGACAUGCGCGUCUCUCGAGGGAUAAGAAGAUUGCCAAGUCCUUGGCCGUCAUAGUGUGUGUUUUUGGGGUGUGUUGGGCACCGUACACUCUCCUUAUGAUCAUACGGGCGGCCUGCAGCGGUAGCUGUGUGGAACAUCAUUGGUACGAAGUCACUUUUUGGCUCCUUUGGCUCAACUCGGCAAUCAACCCUUUCCUCUACCCGCUUUGCCAUAGCAGCUUUCGCCGGGCCUUCGCCAAGAUUUUGUGCCCUAAGCGGCAGUCUGUUCGACCACACGAGGAAAGCCCUUCCUGCCAGUGACAAUCUGAUGGCAACAGAAGGGAUUUAACACUUUCACACUGAAUACUGAAGAAGGAAAUAAAAGCACCAAGGCAAGAAAGCGAAACAUUUCCACCACAAUAGAAAUCCGUGCCAUUUCUUGAUGGGAGUAGCAUGUUUUGUUCUUCUUUGAUGAAACUUUCUGACUUGAAGAACUGCAUAAACCAUGGAUAUAAACAGUGCUGUUGUUAUUUAUAUCUCUUGUCUUGCAAAACAAAGGGGCCGGCGUUGUUCCACUCUUGUUAGCUAAAGUAAGUUGCAUGUUUUGGGACAUCUGUGGUAUAAACAAAAGUGAUGCAGAUUGUGUUCAGAACAAAUUCAGUUGACAGUUUCGCCCAUAUUAACUUUAUUUACUGGUUGUUGUAUAUUCCAUUGACUCGC